AUGGACCCAGUGUCGCCAAUUGCCACUCCAAGGCAUGUAAGGGCUCCCCAGAAUGUCUCGGACACACACAAUCAAAUGGCGGGAACACUUCAUAACUGUGGCUCCCAGCUCGACGACACCCAGGUCGACAACAUUGCAGCAGAUCAAGGAAGGACACGCUUUAACCCGCUGGCAAGCGAUGCGCUGUUCAGCCUCUUCCCCGGUCCCCAAGCCAACGGGAUUCAGUUCGACAAUAGAGCAGAGGAGAUCGAACAAGAGAGGACACGCUUUAACCCGUUGACAAGCGAUGCGCUGUUCAGUCCAUUCUCCAAUUCCCUGCUCGACAACUCCACGUUAUAA